UCCCACCGGAAGUCGAAAAGAGGAGGGGCUGCGUCGGGGACUGAAAUCUUUCCCAGAAACGGGGAUUAAAGCGAGAAAAAGUGAAUGAGCAAGCAAACCAACCUCUUCCGACGGCAGUAGAUAUCCGGAAUAGAGCCCCGUCGGUCGUGCGAGAUAGCGGAUGGCAUGGAGAUUAUCGCAGCCGGCCUCGAAGACCCAGAGGGCAAAAAGCGUCCCCUUACAGCAGACCCGGAUCGCGAUGUUUACACGCGGUUCAUGAAGUCGCACCGCUGCUACGACCUGGUGCCCACCAGCUCCAAACUGGUCGUCUUCGACACCUCGCUGCAGGUGAAGAAGGCAUUCUUUGCUCUGGUGUCCAAUGGCGUUCGAGCCGCCCCACUCUGGGACAGCAAGAAGCAGUGCUUUGUGGGCAUGCUGACCAUCACAGACUUCAUCAAUAUCCUCCACCGCUACUACAAGUCUCCUCUGGUGCAGAUAUAUGAGCUGGAGGAGCACAAAAUAGAGACGUGGAGAGAGGUGUAUCUGCAGGACUCGUUCAAACCUCUGGUCAGCAUCUCGCCCAGCGCCAGUCUGUAUGACGCAGUGUCGUCGCUGGUGGAGCACAAGAUCCACAGGCUUCCUGUGAUCGAUCCCCUGACGGGGAACACCCUGUACAUCCUCACACACAAGAGGAUCCUCAAAUUCCUCAAGCUGUUUAUCUCGGAGAUGCCAAAGCCAGCCUUCAUGAGGCAGACUCUGGAGCAGCUGGGCAUCGGGACGUUCAAGAACAUCGCCAUGGUGAGAACGGACACGCCCCUCUACACCGCGCUGGGCAUCUUCGUGGAGCAGCGUGUCUCUGCCCUGCCUGUGGUGGACGACUCCGGCCGAGUAGUGGACAUCUACUCCAAGUUCGAUGUCAUCAACCUGGCGGCGGAGAAGACCUACAAUAACCUGGACAUCACCGUGACCAAGGCCCUGCAGCACCGCUCGCAGUACUUCGAGGGCGUGCUCAAGUGCUACUGCCACGAGACGCUGGAGGCCAUCAUCAACAGGCUGGUGGAGGCCGAGGUCCACAGGCUGGUGGUGGUGGAUGCCAGCGAGGUGGUGAAGGGCAUCGUCUCUCUGUCCGACAUCCUGCAGGCGCUGGUGCUGACGGCCGGAGGAGAGAAGAGUGACUGAUGACUGUUGAUGCGAGGAGAGAUGGAGGGAUGAUAGAAGAGGCUUUUGCGGACAAGGUCUGAAAAUGGUGGGGGUUUUGUGGUGCGUGGAAGGUUUCCCCUUUACUGCUCAACCUCCUGCACCCCGUAAGCUGUCUCUGUCUCCGAUGCUCCAUAAUACUGAGAUCAAUUGACUCGGGAUCCAACAUUGGAUUUGAUUUGUCACGGUGAAAUCUGCAGUGCAAAUCCUUCACUCUGGACCAGAACCAUUCACCAGCCUGCACCGGAGCAGAAGACCUCAUUCCUCAUUGUAAUUUUAGGUUUAGGAGGGGUACAGGACUGAGCCAAGCGUGAGAAAUCUGACCAUUCUGGCCCAUCCUUUUCUGUCCACAGCACCGUCUGAGCUCAGCUCCCCGUUCUUGCGCGGAACCUGCAAUCUGUUCUCCAUAGCCAGGACCUCUCACAGCGGAGCCCUGGUCACCCCAGGGCCACGGAUGCUUAGGCUUUUAGCUCAAUCAGUUGUUCUAAAAUGGAGGUGAGUGGUACACCCAAUGGAGGAGCCUCAUGGAUGGCAGGUUGAACUCUGUGGUCCUGAUGUUGCUAGUUCAAAUCAGGGUUGUGCCACUAGCCAGCAAUAAUCAAGAUUCCCCUUAGCAAUGGCACGUAAUUGACGAGCAGCACCUGGACAGAUAGGGUUUACUCGGUCUUGUCUGCUUCUGAUGCAGCAGCACCUCUAUUGUCUAAAAACUGGCACCGACAACAUAGGUGUUCCUCCAUCUGGCCAUUCCAAGACAGGUGGGCGUGUGCCGAGACAUUAACCAAGGAUGUAGAAAAGCAGUCCUGGUUAUGGAGACAAAUGUAAUUAGGACAUUUUCUGUAUUAAUUACUCCCCAGGAAAGUGUUGUUUUUUCCCCGAACUUUAAUUUAGAAAGAGAGGCUGCCCCAGGUGGAUUAAGGAGGAACCUUAGGCGGUCGGAUUGUGUAAAACCAGAGUGAAAUUCAGUCAGGUUUAAUAUUCCUUUAUGAAGAGUUCCCUGGGAUCUUCAAGGUGUCCUUAGUUUAAAGUUACAUUCAUUGGUCAGAAUCCCCUGUGGCAGUGUCAUCACACUGGGGAAUGGUUUGGAGGAGCGCCCCCUACUAGUCCAACAAGACUACUUCUGGCAAGAUGAGGGACGGAGAGCCUUAUCGCCAUCAGAGAAAGUGCAGGGCAAUUGUGCUGAAUCUUGGCAGUUUGUGUUAUUUCAUUGAUCAUUCAUUUAUCAAUUAUGUAUGCUGAUAAUUUUAAUUAGGAAUGAUUUGAAUUAUGUAUACUGGUAUAUAUAUAAUUGAUCUUUUCUGUUCAUGCUAUGUAUUUUUUAUUUUAAAGCACAAGCAGUAAUUUGUACUGUUUCUGUGUUGUUUUUUUAUGUCUGUUAUUUCUUGUGUCUUGGAAUGUUUAUGUGUGUAUGUUUUACCCUUCAUAUCAAAUGAUCUUGUUGCUGGGCUGUUGUCUUUUGGCUGACAGCCUUGCCCAGCUGCUGUGCUCUGCUAUUGUAAUAGGGGGCAUCUGACAAUGUCGCUGCACACAUCUGGACAGAGCUGUGCGAUCCCCAGCUCCUUCUCCUUACUCCCUAGUCCUGUCUGCAGCAGGUUGUCCAGGCCUGGUCCUGGGGGGUCAGUGUGUCUGCGGGUAUCCAGUCCUGGUCCUGGGAGGUCAGUGUGUCUGCUGGGUUUAGAGACACUUGUCCUCUGCAUGUCGAGUCAGACCACACUGUUCCCAGACAGCCACGUUGUCAGUCCCGGCAAUGUCAGCACUGAAGUGUUUGGUUGACUGGAAUUGAAGUUGAUCGGUAUUCCUUCUAAUACCGACGUCAAAAUGCUUUUUAAAAGAUUAGUCAUUUUCCCCGAAGGGCGUAGUGAAAAAGAAGCACUGACAGCGUUUGUCAAUUAGAAGAAAUUAAGAGCUGGUCAAUAAGUUAAUUUGUUUUCAUAAGCCUAGGCCUUUUAACUAAUUCAACUGGUAUGGUUUGUGUUCUAAAGCAUUUACCCUGUGUGGACAAUGUGAUUUGGGAAUUUGAAGUAAUUAUUCAUCCUCUAGAGCUGAGCACUUAAUUGUGCACUAAAACACCUAUUAGCAGCAAUUACCAGGACCAGCAGCUGGCAGGUCUCUGACAGUAAUGCUGGAUUCAACAGUCAAGCCCUCUAGAGACUGUUUAGUUGUGUGCAUUACACUGUCUAGAAUUCUGCACCCUGUCCUCAUCACGGCCUGGGGUCAGAGGUCAUAGCCCAAGACCCAUAUGAUGGCAAUGGCCACAGCUUCACAAGCAAGUCCUAUGGCUUCUACUCACCUCCACCAAGUGUUGCCCACCUGUGAUGGUCAUUAGUUUUGAAUUAAACAGGUUUGGUGCUGCUCCUCUGUUUUUGUUUUACAAAAAAAAGCCAAGUAGGUUCACAUGAUGGUGUGAAUGCAGCUGUUUAAAGAGAGCUACUGGAAUGAAAAUUGGAUACGCCUGGCACCAUUGAUUAAUUGUGAGCCUAUGUGAAUGACAUUCUAGAAUAAAUGAAUGUGUGACUGUGUUACUUCAGAGCAUCUGAUCAGUGGAUUCUGCAGGCUUCUUGGAAAGGGGAACCAGCAGUGCAUCUAGCAGGCUGGAUGAUACGCUUUCUCAUUUACAAUAUAUUUAAGA